UUCUUUCUUUCUUUCUUUCUUUUUCGUUUACGACGGACUCAGAACUUUUGUUUUUACCUCUUUACCUCUUUUUCUUUGUUGGUUUUCUGAGAAAGAUUGAACAAUGAGGGAACCCCAUUUGGGGUUUGGGGUUUUCCUUUUGGUUUUUGUCUUGUUUCUGCUGUUUUUGGAUUUCUCUGUUUACGCUCAGCCGGCUGGUGCGGGUGGUGAUGAUGGGUCAGUGAUGAAUCUUUUGAAGACUAGUAUUGGAGCCACGGAUUCUCUUGGAUGGACUGGUUCGAAUUACUGUGAAUGGAAGCACGUUAAAUGUGAUUCUCAGAACCGAGUGGUUAAAAUUCAAAUUGGGAACCAAAAUCUCAAGGGAUCACUUCCCUCGGAUCUCUUUAGCCUCUCGGCGUUAGUGCAAUUAGAGGUACAGAGCAAUCAGCUGACUGGGCCGUUUCCUAAUCUCGCUGAUUCACUCCAGAUACUUCUAGCGCAUGAUAAUCUGUUUACAUCCAUGCCGGCUGAUUUCUUCGCCAAGAAGUCGGCUCUGCAGACGAUAGAUGUCGACAACAAUCCCUUCAUGGCGUGGCAAAUUCCUGAUAGCAUUCGAGAUGCUUCUGGUCUUCAGGAAUUAUCGGCCAAUCGCGCUAAUGUAACUGGUAACACCCUUCAAAUUUUCGAUGGCACGACGUUUCCGACUCUUAGGAACUUGCAUUUGGCAGGUAAUUUUCUUGAAGGUGGAUUACCAGUAAGCUUUGCGGGUUCUUCGAUUCAGUCGCUUUGGUUGAAUGGACAACAGAGUAACUCUAAGUUAAACGGUUCUAUCGCCGUAUUGCAAAACAUGACUAAUCUGCAGGAGGUUUGGUUGCAUAUGAACCACUUUUCAGGUCCUUUGCCCGAUUUCUCUAACCUUCAGGGGUUAGAGACCUUGAAUUUGAGGGAUAAUCAGCUUACGGGUAUUGUUCCUUCGUCCUUGAUAAACUUGAAAUCCCUCACAGUUGUGAAUUUGACGAAUAAUCUGCUUCAAGGACCCACCCCUGCGUUUAAUCCUAAUGUAAAGCUGGAUAUGAGACCAGGAUCCAACAAUUUUUGCACGGAUUCUCCGGGUGAGCCUUGUGAUCCCCGAGUGAGUGCUCUGUUAUCGGUUGCACAAUCAAUGGGGUUUCCAACAGUCUUUGCCCAAAGCUGGGUAGGGAACAAUCCUUGUGAGGAUUUCAAAGGUGUUGCAUGUACUGGCAACCCCGAAAAUAUAACCAUAAUCAACUUUAAGAAUAUGGGUCUUGCGGGCUCUAUUUCUCCUAGCUUUUCAUUGCUUACAUCUGUACAGAAGUUGAUUCUCUCUAACAAUUAUCUUUCUGGCACAAUACCAACCGAACUUGUGACUAUGCCCAGUCUUAUAGAAUUAGAUGUCUCCAGUAAUAGGCUUCAUGGGAAAGUGCCCGCCUUCAGGAAAAAUGUGAUUGUGAACACACAGGGGAACCCGGAUAUUGGGAAAGAUCGGCCCAGUUCUCCCGCACCAGGCUCUCCCGAAAAGGGAGCGCCCUCCGAUUAUGGAACAGGCGACGAUCCUGAUGGGGGUGUUAAGAAAAGUAAUACUGGAGUGGUUGUUGGUUCUAUAAUUGGUGUUAUUGUUGGUCUCCUUUUAGUUGGGACUGCGAUUUUCUUUUGGUACAAGAGAAAGAAGAGACAUGGUAGUAUAGUACAGAACCCAAAUACAGUAGUGGUACAUCCUAGUCAUUCUGGGGAUCAAAAUUCAGUGAAGAUUACAGUUACGGAGACGAGGGCCGAUGGGAGUACUCCUGAAUCCAGCGGAGUUCCUAUUGCUGGACCGAGUGAUGUCCGUGUGGUCGAGGCAGGAAACCUGGUUAUCUCCAUUCAAGUUUUGAGGAAUGUAACUAAUAAUUUUAGCCCUAGUAAUAUAUUGGGGAGAGGGGGUUUUGGAACUGUUUACAAGGGAGAAUUACAUGAUGGUACGAAGAUCGCCGUGAAGAGAAUGGAGUCUGGAGUCGUAGGCGAGAAGGGUUUGAAUGAAUUCAAGGCUGAGAUUGCAGUUCUUACUAAGGUUCGUCAUAGAAAUUUGGUUGCGCUUCUCGGGUAUUGCUUAGAUGGAAACGAGAGGCUUCUGGUUUAUGAAUACAUGCCCCAGGGGACUUUUAGUAGGUUUCUAUUUCACUGGAAUGAUGAAGGGAUCAAACCCCUUGAAUGGAAAAGAAGGCUGACUGUUGCCUUGGAUGUAGCCAGGGGUGUUGAGUAUUUGCAUAGUUUAGCACAUCAAAGCUUUAUCCAUCGCGAUCUUAAACCAUCAAACAUUCUUCUUGGAGAUGAUUUGCGGGCUAAAGUAGCAGACUUUGGGUUGGUUCGUCUUGCUCCUGAAGGGAAAGCGUCGGUCGAAACAAGACUCGCAGGAACGUUUGGUUAUCUUGCCCCAGAAUAUGCUGUAACCGGACGAGUUACAACCAAGGUCGAUGUUUAUAGCUUUGGAGUGAUCCUCAUGGAGAUGAUAUCUGGUAGAAAAGCAAUUGACGAGAGCCAGCCGGAAGAAAGCUUGCACCUUGUAUCGUGGUUCCGCAGAAUGUACAUUAACAAGGACACUUUCUCAAAGGCCAUAGACCCUUCAAUGCACAUAGACGAGGAGACCCUUGGCAGCAUCUGCACGGUUGCGGACUUGGCUGGCCACUGCUGUGCAAGGGAGCCAUACCAGCGACCCGACAUGAGUCAUGCAGUCAACGUUCUUUCGUCUCUAGUCGAUGUGUGGAAACCAACAGAACCAGACUUGGAAGACACAUUGGGAAUCGAUCUCGAUAUGUCGUUACCACAGGCGCUUAAGAGAUGGCAGGCAUUUGAAGGAAAUAGCAAUUUGGACAUGACAUCGUCUUCAUCAUCGUUGCUUGCGAGUGGAGACAAUACACAAAGCAGCAUCCCAAACCGACCACCUGGUUUCGCGAAUUCGUUUACCUCUCUCGACGCACGGUGAGAGGAAUAAAGAAGAAAAACUCGAGUUUCUGAUUGCUCUUAGUAGGUACUUUAUGAGGAUGUUUGUUUAUUCUUUAGCCCCCUCUAAUCUUUUUGGUGUUUUGUUAUGUUUUGUUUACUUUAAUCCUGGGAAGUGUUGAAACGUUUUGUGUUGUAAGGCUUGUAAUGUUUUAUAUAUAUACCCCUCUGUCAUCCAUCUAUAAAAGAGUCCUAGAGAAUGAAGUUUCAUAUUGAUUUGACA